AUGUGUUUGUGUAAAUGAUUUGCCACAUUGUUGAAAAUACCGAUAAUUUGUAGUAAAAUUUAAUUAGAUUUACUCUUUUGUUAACAUUUUGAUCCAGUUAAUGUUGACUUACAAUAUCUGACAAUGGGAGUAUUCAGAUUAGAAUCGUUCUACGAACACAACUGUAGCCCAAAGGUGGUCAACAUCCAAACUCUUCUAGAGGAAUACAGAAAGGAGAACAACUUUGUUGAAACAGCGACCAUCGUGGUAGAUGGCACCAACUGCCUGCGAACCCUCUACGGUGACCUUGACUGGAUCGCUGGAGGUCAACUCAAAGAGUUUCACGAGCGUGUCAACAAGCUGCUCGACAAAUUCAAGGAGUUGAACGUGAAACUGGUGUUCUUCUUCGAUGGACCGACAGUGGAGGCAAAGAGACCGCGUUGGGUGGAGCGUCGCCUAGCAACCAUUGCCGACUGCCGACGCGUCUUCUACGCCCUGGAAACCGGGCGUUAUGUACGCCACGAGAACUUCAUUCUGCCGCCCGGUGUGGGCAAUGUCGCCAGGCUAUUCCUCAAGCUGGAAUAUGGAUGCGAGGUUCACACGUCAGUGAAGGAAAACGACGAGGAGAUAGCGCUCUACGCGAAAAAGAACAACUGUUUCGGCAUCCUGGCUCAGGACACGGAUUUCCUGAUCUAUGGAGGCGCCAAGUACUACUUUUCGGCCAAAAAGCUCAACUUGAACACAAUGGAGACGAUCCUCUUCGACCGGGAAAAGUUGGCCGAAACUUUGAGCAUCAAAGUCGAACUUUUGCCGCUGUUUUCCACGUUGUCCGGCAACGAUAUUAUGCCCAGACAUCUUUUACAGGAACUCCACCAUAGAAUCAGUAAGAAGAAUCACUACAAACAGCAAAUAGAUAUCGCCAAUUACAUCAAAAGCUUGGAAAUCGAGGGAGAAAUCACUGAUGAAAUGUAUAAAAAAAUAGCCGCCGACAUACUGUACAAAAAGCCCAGAGUAAAAGAAUCGAAAGAGAGACGGCAUGACGGCAAGAACAAUGGGUUGAAGAAGGAUGGAGAGAAGAAGAAAGAGGACGGAGAAGAGGAGAAGAAGCCUGAGGUGAAGAAGGAGGGAGAAGGGGAGGAGAAGAGUGAAGAAGUGAAGAAAGAAGGUGAGGGAGAAGUGGGUGAGAAAAUGGACGACAGUGAAGAAGUGAAGGAGAAGGAGGAGAAGAUGGAGGUGAAGGAGGAGGAGAAGAAGGAGGAGGAAGAAGAGAAGAUGGAGGUGGAUGGAGGGGAGAAGGAGAAGAAAGAAGAAGAGGGAGAAGGUGAGAAGGUGGCAGAGAACGGAGACAAGAAAGCGGUCGAAGAAAGUGUGGAGAAUUCGGAGGAGUAUUUGAAGAAAAUGGUGGAGAUCACGGAACUUCUCAAGAAGUCGGUGGAAUGUCACAACUUGGAUAAAUUGAGUGAAGCAGACGAUGUAGUGAUAGACGACCUGGUGGCUGGCAUGGAGAAUAGGGAGCAGUGGAAGGAAAUAUUGACGGUGGCCUUGGAGCGACACAGGAGUGGGCUGGCCACCACCCACAUCUGGCCCAUCCUGACGGGGGGGCCAUUCGAGCUCAGUUGCUGUCUGGAGGACUUCUACAAGCGCGAUCUGCCCGUCGGAGCCGAGUUGACGAUGAACCUGCGCAGACGUAUCUACGGCAUUCUGCUGAUGGAGAAGCCACUGCCUGCCGGUGAGACUUGCCACAAGGUGCUCGAGUGGUGUGUGGACCGCGCUUUCCGCAACAAUCCUCAGCCAAAGCACCUCGAAGCGUGGAUGCCCAAAGGCUACGACCACCCUGGCCUGUUAGCGCUGUGGAACAGCAGUGCUGAAGACGAGGAGAUGCAAAACAAGAGAUGGAGCCUUUUCACCAGAAGUAUUUCCACCAAUAUUGAUAUCAACGAAGUGAAAAAGCUGGAGCCGUUCCUUGUUGCACCCACUAUGGCUCUCAAGUAUAUGGUGGAGAACCUGGGCUACUACCAGGACUGGGAGAUCAAAGUGCUGGUAGCGUUGGCUCUGCGCGUGCACUCUACGCCCGCCGAGGAGCUGCAAGCGGGCAGUCGCAAGUCGGAGCGCACUCUGGAGCGACCCGUGCGACUGGCGUCGCUCUACAUGCGGCUGCAAGGACUCAUUGUGUUCCUCAUAUCCGCGCUCAAUGGACCUAUUUCGCUCGUUGACGUUCUUCCUUGGAACAAUUUCGAUGGAAAAUUAUUCCAGUUCCUUUAUGCUUCGGCAAGGCAGAACUGCAUAGACUCAUUCCUGUGCAAUAAAAAUGAAAAACAUCUGGAACAGUACAACGCCAUUUUGAAAUUGGUGCUUCCCAUCAGACCAAAGGGCAAUUUCUGGUAGGGCAAUGAUUGACAGAUGACUGGCUGAAAGUACUCAACUCGAUUUGACGCCAGUUUUGGAUAAUCUCAGUUGUCCAAGUUUUGAAAUAAUAUCAAUGAUUUUUACUAUAGAGACGCGAUGCUACAGUCUUGUUCAAACUCUAACUUAUUACCCUCCUCAGUCAUUGUAUUUACGUUUAAGUGUGUGUGCUGCAAAAAUGUUCAUUUAGAAAUUUCUCACGCCGUUUGUGUAUGAUCAAAGAAAGUUCGUACUUUGUUCUUCAAAUAAUUAGUGAUUUAUAGAAUAUUCAAUAAGUUUUAAUAGUUUUAUCGCUCAAUCUAUACAGUGGCCUAUUUUUAACGAACGAUCUCUUGCGGGGAUAGAAUGAACUAACCAUUCCAAUGAACGGCGCUGAUAAUUGAUUUUUUCAUUUCAUCGAUCAAUUUUGGUCGAUUCAGUGUUUCAAGGGUCGUGAGAAGAGUGCAAGGAGGUACAGUAUGUGAUUAGUACGGUAAUAAAUAGUACGUAUGUGAAUAAUAUGUGUUUUGAUUAUUUUACAAUAAAAUUUAUUUGAAAUCGA